AACACAUGCAUAAUGCACAAGAUCAUUGAAAACCAGUAUAAUUAUUUCCUCCUGUGAGCACAUAUCAGUAUAAACUAUUUAACCCUUACUCUAGAGUAGCACUGAAUACCAGACCUGAUUCUGAAAUUAAAAAAUCCAUGGGUACAUUUCUUGGACAUCUAGUACCUGGUUUGGCCUUAGCCCUUCUUGGUUUUUGGCAUGCUAUUAACACAAUUAGAGCCAACUAUCAAAAUGGAACUACAAAAUUCAGAUCCAAGUUUUGGUACCCUUUUAACAGUCCUCUUCCCAGACUACAAUACCUUGAUCUCAUUCUUGUUUUGUCCUUCUCUAUCUUUUGCAUAAUUAUCCAAUUCUUGGAAUUCCCUUCUCUGCACUUUUCAUUCAAGCUUCAUAAUAUUGAACAUGCAACCAUGUUCCUAAACUUGACCGUUUUCACGGUUUUUGCUCUUUUUGCUGAGUUAAGUAACUUAUCUGAGAUCCUGCAUGGGAUUUUAAGCAUACUUGCUACAUCUAUUUUUGGUCAGGAGCUUUUCUUACUUCAUUAUCAUUCAACUGAUCAUGUAGGAUUAGAAGGUCAUUACCACUGGCUUUUGCAAAUCGUCGUGUUUAUUUCCCUUAUGUCAGCUCUUGUUGUUACUUGCUUCCCUUGUUGUUUUCCUGCAGCACUUGUUCUUUCAAUUUCGGUUAUUUUCCAAGGUUGUUGGUUCAUGAACAUGGGAUUUAACCUGUGGUAUCCACAGUUUGUUCCACUUGGAUGUGUUAUGCAAUCAAGUGAAGGUCAUGAAAACUUAGUGCAUGGCGCGGUCAUGUGUCAAACAGAUGAAGCUGAUUUACGGGCUAGAGCUAUGGCGAACUUGCAAUUUAGUUGGGUACUUGCAGCUAUCUUGAUCAUUGUGGCUUGUAUUUCUCUUGUUUUCGCGAGAAAUCGAGCAAAUAGGACUCUGUUGUCCAAGUAUGAGCAGCUUCAGAGUAGAGACAGAGACAUCCCUGUAACAAUUAAUUGCUUGAAGUAAACUCAUAAAUAAGAAAUGUACAUAGGCAUCCGAAAUGCCAAGUUAAAUAAAUGGAUGUGUCGGGGGACAAAUUCUGGGCUAUCUUCUUGCCUAGAAAUGCUCAUCCCCAUUGCUUGUGGUACUACUCUACUAUUUAAGUGUAUUGCAGUCACUAGACUGCCUAACCAUAGUUGUCAGUUGAACUAAAUUGUAUCUCUUUUCUAUUAGGUGUGCAUCUUCUUUUGUGGGACUUUAUAUAA